CCUGGAUCACCUGGUGUGCAGCACUUGACACAAAUUUGGUAGCGCUCAAGACCUGCACAAGUACAAAGACAGAGCGCCCUUCAAAGUAUCCAGUGCUCGUCGCCCAUCUACCGCCAUCAAGAGCAUCUUCAAAACCUCACAAUGCCCCCGUCGAUGACUGAAGAGGCGAGAGCGCAGGCUUUCCAGCAGCAGCAACAGGAAUUCGUCGAGAAGCCAGCGGGAGAGGUGCAACAAGCCAAAGCUUCCUCCGACAAGCCCUGGCUGGAGGCUAAGAAGCGCCAAAGGGCUGAUCUCAAGGUCCGAUGGAUGUUCCUUGGCAGCGCCCUGCUGGGUGUGGCCGCUGUCGUCGCCAUGAUGGUCGUGACAGCCCUCAACACGAUGAAGGACAAGCAUAACUACUGCCUCGUUCUGGAAGAUCACUUUGACCAGGGCAAGAUCAACACCGACGUGUGGAGUCACGAACAGCAGACCGGUGGCUGGGGGACAGGGGAGUUCGAAUGGACCACAGACAGUGCGAACAAUUCUUUCGUUCGCAACAAUCAGCUCUACAUCGUUCCCACCCUGACAUCGGACAUGACGGGCGAAGCGGCCAUCGCCGAUGGGUACUCUCUCAACCUCACAGAUAGCGGCGCCUGCACCUCUGCCAACAAGUCGGACUUUUAUUGCGCCGUUCGUUCGAAUGCUUCGACCGGAAUCAUUCUUCCUCCUGUCCAGUCUGCACGCUUGACCACGAAGAUCAGCGGCAAGACCAUUCGCUUCGGAAAGGUUGAAGUCACGGCUCGUAUGCCUACUGGCGAUUGGAUCUGGCCAGCGGUCUGGAUGAUGCCCUCCAAGGAAGUCUACGGCCCGUGGCCUGCAAGCGGAGAAAUUGACAUUUUCGAGGGCAAAGGCAAUCCGUCUCGUUCGCGCCAAGAUGACUUAUCGAGCCGUAUGACGAGCACUAUGCACUGGGCACCAUUACCCGCCCUCGAUCGCUACGCUCUCACAAACGGCCACCUGAACCUCUUUCAGAAUCUGUGGAACCAGAAGAUGCACACUUUUGGUCUCGAGUGGACACCCAAGAAACUCGUCACAUGGCAGCGAACAAGGGCCUACGAAGUCUUUAGCUACAAGUUCGGCACCGAUUUUUGGACCAAGGGCAAUUUUCCAAGCAGCCUGGAGAAUGGAACGACACUCGAGAACCCCUGGACAAAGUCCAACGGAGCCAACAUCGUCGAUGUGGCUCCCUUUGAUCAGGACUUCUACCUUAUCCUCUCGGUCGCGGUAGGAAGUACAAACGGCUGGUUCCAAGAUUCAGAUUCGCCCGACGGAAAGCCGUGGAGCGACCAGAGCAAGAAUCCACAGCGUGACUUUUGGUCGGCAAGAGACCAGUGGCUUCCCACCUGGCCCACCAAGGUCGAGGACCGUGCAAUGGUCAUCGACUCGGUGAAAAUCUGGCAGCAAUGCUAGCUUCUUAUCGCUUGCCCACGCUAACGUCUGAUCUUUGCCGCUUCAACGCAACCUCAACGAUAACAUCUAGAGUCCAGUUCCUCAUGCUUCCAGAGUCUCGUUUCGCCCUGUAUAAUGUAUCAAUGUCCCCCUUUUGCCCGCCCAAACAAGG